CUCUCUUCCUGUCACUCUAUUUUGUAUGUUAAAGGUUAUUCCUUUCGUUCUUUGAUGAUUUGUUCUGUCACUUGUGCGCAUUUCAGACCAUUGGGUGUCCAUUUUCAGCUGUUAAUUUUGUGAGGAUCGUUUUGAUUUGGGGUAGAAAGAUGAGGAAUUUUCCAGGGACACCCGGCACUUUUCUUGGGUUGUUUCUUCGGAUGGCACAGUUCACUUUUGCUGCUGGGUCUGUUGCUUCCAUGAUUACCACAACUAGGUUCUUUAAUUUGACUGCUUUUUGCCACCUGAUUACUUUAAUGGGUUUACAAUUCAUUUGGAGUUUUACGCUUGCAUUAGUGGAUGCAUAUGCUUUGGUGAAAAAGAUUUUCCCCUUUAACCCUAUACUGGUUUGCCGCAUUGCAGUUGGAGACUGGGUAACAGCAAUACUAUCUCUAUCUGCAGCUUCUGCCUCAGCUGCCAUUACAGUUUUGUACUUCAAUGAUGUGGGACACUGCCAUUUAGGACAUGAGUGUCAUAAGUACCAGAUUUCUGUUGCUUUGGCCUUCAUGAGCUGGAUAUCAACUUCAAUAUCUGCUCUAAUUAUGCUUUGGCUUGUGGCAUCAGAGUAGCUGCCUCUAUUCACCAAUUCUCACAGCCAAAGUUCAUUGAAUAUCCUUUUGAUGUGUAAAUAGCAAAGUAUAUAGAGCAGAGCUUUGCAUUCAAAUGUAAAUUUCAUUUCUUCAUUUCACCCUCAAAAGAAUGGUGACAUAGACAUCCAACAAAUUCGUUCAAGAGAUAAUUUGGAAAACUUAUUAACGAAGGCUCUUCCAACUACAACAUUUGAAAAGCUUGUGCGGAAUAUGAGAGUUCGUCGGCUCAAAGAUCUCAAUUAAAAUGCAUUGCACUCUUUUUUCCUUAACCGUGUUUUUUUCCCAUUGGGUUUUACAUGGUAGGGUUUUUAAUGAGGCAAUGUACAAAGACGAACUAUAGAAUGAUGUACUCUUUUUCCUUCACUAGGUUUUUAUCCCACAUUGGGUUUUUCCUAGUAAGGUUUUAAUGAGGCACAUUCUUAAGGGAUGGUCAUCCAAGGGGGAGUAUUAUGAAUAUUUGGAUGCCCAUCAUAGUUAAGAGUCUAUGGGCCAGGCCCACAUGUAUACUUGUUCAACACUCUAAACCUAAUAAUAUAAAUACAAGGGAGUUUGCACCUAGCAGAGGAUCCCCAUCAGACUAUUUCUCA